AUGAAAUCCUUCGGCCCCAUGCUCUUCCACCUCGUCUUCCUCCUCGCUGGGCUGGGUUCCCAGGCCGCGCCUUCGGCCUCGCCAACUGCGGGCUCCACCUUCCCGAGGAUGGGCCACUCCUCCGAGACCUUUCUUCAUGCUUCUGAAAAUUCCGCUCGAGACCAGCCUAACCCAGAAUCCCCUGAGCUUGCUUCUCCUGAGCCCUCCAAGGCGCCUCUUGCGGUCCCUCCUGAGCCCUCUCCCUAUAACUUCACUGACACCUCCAACUCUGACCUCCAAGAACCCCCACACCCAGAGUCUCCUGAGACCCCCAAACCUAACUCACUCAACACCUCAAUGUCAGAAACCCUGGAGACCCCUAAAAUUAGCCCCUCCCAAAUGACACGUCCAGAACCUUCUGAGACCCCCAAACUUGAACCGACUGAAAUCCCACACUCAGAAUCCCCUGAUACCCCUACACCGAAUUCUUCCAAAACUUUACACCCAGAAUUUCCUGGGACCCCGAAUCCUGACCCUACCCAAACUCCACGCCAAGAAUUCCCAGAGAUUCCCAAACUUAACUCCACUGAAAUGUCACACACAGAAGCCCCUGAUGCUGAACCCACCAAAACCCUUCACCCCCAGACUCCAGAAUUCCAUCAUGACCCCAACACCACUAAGACCCCAAACUCUGAAUUCCUUCAGACCCUGGACCCUGCCCCUGCCAACACCCCCCACCCAGAAUCCCGUGUAACCCACAACACCCGCCCCACUGAAAUUCCCCCAUCAAAAUUCCCCACAACCCACUACCAAGAUGCAACAGAGAUCGUCAUGGACUCUGACCCUGAACUCUCCACCAGUCUUCACCCAGAAACGCCUGCACGGUUCACGGGCCAAGCUACUGCCCUAAAUGAGCCGCCCCUGAACACCCAGCCAGAAACCCUUGCACCCGCCCAGCCCAACUCCCUUACAUUGCCGGCCUCAGAUUUUCCUGGGGCUGCUGAGGCCAGCGCCUCCCAAAACUCUAGCCCGAAAGGUCCAGAUGCCCCUCCUUCCUCAUCUCGGAUUGCCGGCCCCCCUGCUCCUCCAGGGUCCCCCAGUCAUCCCGCCCCUGCCACUCUGCGUGCCCCCCAGCGGCGCAGCCGAGGUGAGAGAGUCGACACUAUCAUCGUGGUGGAACGAGUGAAGGAGACCGGGGGGACCCCGGCGGGGCGCCCCUGGAGCCCGGCGGGCGGGGCCUUGUGCUUCUUCUUCGCUGGGACGGGGCUGCUGAUUGGCAUUUUCCUGCUGCUGUGGUGUCUCUACCGCCGCGCGACUCGACACCGGCCCUUCGCGCACCACAGGCUUCCAAACGACGGAGACGAGCCGGUUAUGCAUUUGGACACUCCGAAGGAGCCCUACGAUCUCUACUUUUAUGCGCCCGACGCUUGGAUCCCUUCACACAUCUCCACCAAGCAGCCGCCGCCCACUCCUCCCCUGCCGCCCAAGCUGCCCCCGCCGCCCCGCGGGGACCGCCCCCAGCGCCUGGAGCCGCUCUCCCCCGACGCGCUCCCCACCAACUUUGUGUGA